AUGGCGGUUGCGCGCACGGCCGCUGUGGCAGCCUGGGUACCCUGUCGGAGCUGGGGCUGGGCAGCUGUCGCCUUCGGUCCCCACCGUGGCCUCAACACGCUGCUUGCACCGAUGCCUCGGCGGGCGCCACGGUGGCUCCCAGCUUGCAGACAAAAGACGUCACUCUCUUUCCUUAAUCGACCAGAUCUUCCAAAACUGGCUUAUAAGAGGCUAAAAGGCAAAAGUCCAGGAAUUAUCUUCAUCCCUGGCUAUAUUUCUAAUAUGAAUGGUACAAAAGCAUUGGCGAUUGAGGAGUUUUGCAAAUCUCUAGGUCACGCCUACAUAAGGUUUGAUUACUCAGGAGUUGGAAGUUCAGAUGGUAACCUUGAGGAAAGCACAGUGGGGAAAUGGAGAAAAGAUGUUCUUUCUAUAAUUGAUGACUUAGCUGAAGGGCCACAGAUUCUUGUUGGAUCUAGCCUCGGGGGGUGGCUUAUGCUUCAUGCUGCAAUUGCACGGCCAGAAAAGGUCAUGGCCCUUAUUGGUGUAGCUGCAGCUGCAGAUGGCUUAGUGACACGGUUUAAUCAGCUUCCUGUUGAGGUAAAAAAGGAAGUCGAAACGAAAGGUGUGUGGAGCAUGCCGUCAAAAUACCAUGAAGAAGGAGUUUAUCACAUUCAGUACAGUUUCAUUAAAGAGGCUGAGCACCACUGCCUGUUACACAGCCCGAUUCCCGUGAGCUGCCCUGUGAGAUUGCUCCACGGCAUGAAGGAUGAUGUUGUACCCUGGCAUACAUCGAUGCAGGUGGCCGACCGAGUGCUCAGCACAGACGUGGAUGUCAUCCUCCGAAAACAUAGUGACCACCGAAUGAAGGAGAAAGCAGACAUUCAGCUUCUUGUUUACACUAUUGAUGAUUUAAUUGAUAAGCUUUCAACUAUAGUUAACUAGUAUCACAUGUUGAGUUGGUACGUCAUGUAUCCAGAAGCUUGGAAGAGGGAUAGCCGAUGAAAGAUCCUGAUACGUUAGGUUUUUCUCUUACCUCUCUUUUGUAAAUAGCAGAUGAGUAUUUAUUUAAUGAUGUAUUUGCACAAGUAAUGCAAAUUGUGAAGAAGGACCAGGUACUGUGUAGAAAAAUUUCUCCUUCCUUUUGUCCUUGAUUUUUUUUUCAUUAAAGUAUUUCCUAUUUUUUUAUUCAAGAAAAGUUUACCUUUCUUAUGUUUCUGUUAGCUAUGUCAGCUCUUAAUUGCAUCCUUUUCUAAUUAGGAUUAUUAAUAAAGCAUGAAUAUUUUGUUUUUAUUAUAGAUGGAAAUUUGUAACAUUCUGAUUUUAAAAUGCAAUUCACAAAAUAUAGGGAAAUUUUUAUUGAAGUAAAUUUGAAAUAAUUGGAAAAAUUUCAGAAGCAUAAUAAAGUUCACAAUAAGGAUGUUACUUUAUAUAUAAUAUAUAAAGUAUUAUUAUAUAUAUAGGUUAUAUAAGCUGCACAUUAUAUUUAAACUUGAAAUUAAGGCUUUUUUUUUUUUUUUGAGACGGAGUUUCGCUCUUGUUAUCCAGGCUGGAGUGCAAUGGCGCGAUCUCGGCUCACCGCAACCUCCGCCUCCUGGGUUCAGGCAAUUCUCCUGCCUCAGCCUCCCGAGUAGCUGGGAUUACAGGCACGCGCCACCGUGCCCAGCUAAUUUUCUGUAUCUUUAGUAGAGACGGGGUUUCACCAUGUUGACCAGGAUGGUCUCGAUCUCUUGACCUCAUGGUCCACCCUCCUCGGCCUCCCACAGUGCUGGGAUUACAGGCGUGAGCCGCCGCGCCCGGCCAAAAUUAAGGCUUUUUUUUAAAGACUCAAAAACUACAGUGACAAAAGGAGCUAUUUCUAAAUUUUGGCUUAUGUGUCGUAUAUUUAAAUGGGGAAUUUCAUCUGAAAUGAUGUAGCAUUUUAAUACUGAUUGGUAAAACUAAAGAGGAAAUUGAUCUUUAUAUAUUAUUGCUUACUUGCAGUGACAUUGAUUAUUUCAUUAAUACUGCCCUAAGUACAACUAGGCAGGUGAUUGCCACCUAAAUCAGGCGGCUUGCUAAAGUCAGUAGGAAAGUGUGAAAUGCAAGGAUGAAGGUUGUUUUUCCCCUAAAUAACUAAAACGAGGUACAGAGUGAAUUUGGACAUUGCUAAGUUAAUGUUUUUUAACCAUUAAUUUCGGCUGGACUUUAUUUAGCUUGAUUAGGUCAUUAUCUGUCAAACCUUUUAUUAAGUUGACGUGACUCAUAUAUACAUGUAUAUGAAAUGAGCAUGUGUCAGAGACUUACUCAGCUCAUUAAUGAGGAGCCCAGCAGAUAGUAAAGCUGGUUCCAAGUACAAUUCAAGAAACUGAGUAUUUAUUGGCAUUGAAGAAGAAUGUUGAGAUAAAAUUGCUGUGCAGAAAAAAGUGUUAAUGAAGCAGACCUGAUUACUUAUCCUUAGAGACCUGAUUUGCAAGGUUGGCCCUUGCUUGGCUUCUGGGAACUUGGAGUUCAGGGGGCUUCCACCGUUCCCAGAACAGAUCAGAGUUCCUUACUAUAGCUAAACUGUAGAACAAUGUAGUUUCUGCUGAACACCUGCUUUCCUUCUGGGAGUCUGGAAGUUUGGUAUGUGCCAGGCAGAGACUGCCCUUUAUGACUAGCUCCCAGUGAAAACCCCUGGCACUCAGUCUCUAACAAGCUUUUCUGGUUGACAACGUUUCACAAGUGCGGUUACCACUGGUUGCUGGGAGAAUUAAGCUCAUCCUCUGUGACUCCACUGGCAGAGGAUUCUUGGAAGCUUGCACUUAGCUUCCCCUGACUUCACCCCAUGUGUCUUUUUUCCUUUGCUGAUUCUGUUUUGUAUCUUGUCACUGUAAUAAAUCAUGGCAAUGAGCAGAACUGUA